AUGAGCUUACCUCGGCUGUUACAUCUGUUGUUGUACAACGGUGCUGCAAUGUCCGUGUGGGAUGAUGCGACAGAUGGAGCUAAGAUCUUUCUGGGUCGCCUGGCGCCGUCUCCUCGCUUCUUCCCUUCAGGCAUCAAGGCAAUUGCGGACUAUGUGCACAGCAAGGGGCUCAAGCUGGGCAUUUACUCGGACUCUGGGAGGAGCACAUGUGAAGGCAAGCCAGGGUCACUCGGGCAUGAGGCGAUUGACGCCCUCACCUUCGCUGAAUGGGAGGUGGACUAUCUCAAAUACGAUAACUGCUUCAAUGAUGGCACCCCAAACAAAAUACGCUACACCACCAUGCGCAAUGCGUUGGAGGCCACUGGGAGAGACAUCUUCUUCUCCAUGUGCGAAUGGGGGCAGGACGACCCUUCCAUGUGGGCAUAUGACGUGGCAGACUCCUGGCGCACCACUGUUGACAUUGGAGACUCGUGGAGGAGCAUGAUUCGGAUUGCAGACAAGAACAACAAGUGGGCCAAAUACGCCAAGCCAGGCGGGUGGAACGAGUAUCGUGUGCACUUCAGCCUCUGGGCCAUCAUGAAGGCACCACUCCUGAUUGGCUGCGAUCUCUCAGUUGUAUCAAAUAGGACAUUGGCCAUUUUGGGAAAUGAAGAGGUUAUUGCUCUCAACCAGGACCCACUGGGCGUUCAGGCAAGGAAGGUGCAAGUCUCUGAAGAUGCUUUCAUGGAGGUUUGGUCCGGGCCUCUAUCAGAGGGUCGGCUGGUGGUAGCUUUGGUAAAUCGCAGCCCAAUCAGCUUGAAGAUCACUGCCCAUUGGAAAGCCAUGGGGCUGAAUCCAGGGCAGCGGAUGCAUGCCCGGGACCUGUGGAAGAAGGCCACCAUGGACUCGGUCAUCUCAGGGGAGCUGAGUGCGCGAGUUCCAAGCCACGAUGUGGGGCUCUUCCUCCUCUGGCCCGCAGUCUAG